AAGAAGAGGAAGAGCCCAUUUGACAGCAAAUUCCUUCAUUCCGUCGUCGUUGUCUGGUGUCGUUUGGUUUUUUCGUUUGUUUCUGUUCGCUGUUGUCGGUCGCAGGCAGGCAAGAAAAUCGGUGAAAUAUUAACGAUUCGCUCCGUCGGAAAGUGGUGCAGUGUUGGGCAGUUGAUGCGCGAUUCAUCCACCACUUCCGUCGGCGCUGCGUGAUGUAAGCAGUUUGUGUGACAAGAAAAAUUGCUAAACGGAAGCAAAAGUUACACUCGCCUCAUACGCCUCCAGAUGGCAAUGUGAAAUUACCAGCACCUCAAUCUGUCAGAACAAUUACGUAGCGUUAAAAAUGAGUGCCGGAAAUUAGUCCAGAAACGCGGAGCAUCUCCAAUCAAACAAAAGAACAUACAAAAACGGAAAAUUCUCCCUCGCGGGAAGGGAAAAGUGAACCGUUCCAGAACCAUCCGUCGCGCUAUUGCUUCCGCCCCAGCUCUCUCCAACCUCUCAUCAGCCCAUCCAUCACAGUGCUCUCGGCGGUGUUCGAGCGUUUGGUGUCCUCUUGGCCCAUUGCCAAGGCGGCGGUGUGUUUGGUGGGGUAGCCUAGCAUGGGCAGGUUGUAAUGAGGCCACCACCACACUCUGGGCCCGGGGCAUACGUCAAUCGGAACCGGGCGGCACGGUGAUGGAGCGAAGAUGAACAACCACAUCAUCAUGUCACGGUAGUAGUAGCUGCUAAAUGGUGGCCGGUGUGUGUGAGUGUGUGUGGUACUGGUGAAAGUGUCUAGUCCUUGCUGGAGAACAAAAGAAGCAAAGUGUCGGUGUACGUGUGUGUGUGUUUGUGUUUGUGAAAGUAAUUGAAACCCAUAGCAACCCCCCCGGCCCAAGCAGUUGUGACGCGGCGGCGGUGCAAAGGAAGGAUAAUUGCAGAGUACGACAACGACGCGCGAUAUAUCGGCACGUAAUUACAUUUCCGUGGGGGCAACGAUUAUCAAUCCCAACCACUGACAAAAUGACGGUCGAUUUCAACGAUUAUUUUUGGGGCGAGAAGAACAACGGGUACGAGGUGCUGUACCAAAACAUGAAGUAUGGCCUAUCGGCGACGAAAGAGCUAGCGGAGUACUUCCGCGAGCGCUCGAAUCUGGAGGAGUACAAUUCGAAGCUGCUGACAAAGCUGGCCAACAAGGCGGGCUCGAGCGGUGGCGGUACUUUUUCCCCGCUCUGGAUCAUACUCAAGUCAACCACCGAGCGUCUGUCGGAGCUGCACGCCCAGAAGGUGCAGAAGCUGACGGAGCUGGUCAAGAAUGUCACCAAGUACGCGGAAGACCUGCACAAGAAGCAUAAAUCGGUGAAGGAGGAAGAGUCGGGCACGCAGGAUGCGGUGCAGGCAAUGAAGGAAUCGACCGCGGCUGUCGCCAAGGCAAAGGAUACCCACAAUGCCCGGCUGCAGGAGGUGGAGAAGGCCCGGAAGGACAAUUCGGCCAAGGAGAUCGAAAAGUCGGAGGCAAAGCUACGCAAACACCAGGACGACUACAAGGCGCUGGUGGAGAAGCACAACAUAAUCAAGCAGGAGUUUGAGAAGAAAAUGACAAUAACGUGUAGGCGUUUUCAAGAGAUGGAAGAAGCACAUCUGAAACAAAUGAAAGAGUUCCUCUCGUCGUACAUGGACAUAGUGCAGAACAAUUUCGAUUUAGUUGGCCAGGUCCAUUCUGAUUUGAAGCGUCAAUUUCUAGAGUUAACCGUGGACAAGCUAUUGGAACAGUUCGUGCUGAACAAGUACACCGGUCUGGAGAAACCAGAGCUAAUUGAGCUUGAUUUUGAAAGUGGCACCGCGAGCGGUUCCGGUGCGGUUGGCCAUAACAGCGGCCACCAGCUGCUAGUGAACACCUCGGCCCCGCUGCCACCGGGUGGCAGCAUUUCGCCCGCUCCAUCCUCGUUGGCGGGCGGCGGGCUGCUCGAAUCACCGACCCUGUCCGCGACCAGCUCCUCGCAACCGAUCAACAUCGGCACGGCGCCCGGCAAGAAGGAGAGCAGCCACCUGCGGUCCUGGUUUAGCUCCAGCUCGACGGCAGCCGUCCCAACGAACUCACCGGUCAAUCUGUCCACCUCGCCCACGUCCACCUCGAUGGGCGGAGGCGGCGGACGGUGGGGCGAUGGCGGAACGGACCUACCGUCAGCCCAGCAGCAGCCCCAUCCGGCCUCGUUGCGUGCCAUGUCGCCGGUGCCAUCGGUGCUGAACGAAAGUAGCGUGUCCGGAUCCGCACAAAGUACGGGCAAACAGUCAAGUAAACCAUUCUACGGCGAUCUGUUUUCCUUCAAGCAUCAUAGUACCAAUCCCUCCACUAAUCACAAUCAGCCAUACCACCACCCGCCCAACCUAGCCACUAACGGUCACAAUAACGGUGGCAGCGGCAAACAACAAUCGCAACAAUCGCCGCAAAUGAAACAGCAGGAACAGCAACUGCAAGAAUCUUUACAGCAUCCACAGCAACAGCAAGACCAGCAGCAGCAGCAGCAGCCUGCGUCACCUCAGCAACUACCACCACCACAACAACAACAACAACAACAAAAAUCUUCCCGCCGCACUACUUCCCUUCUCAAUCUCUUCAUGUCUAACUCCCAGGGAAGUCGCGAUAGCCGAGAAAGCCGCGAAUCGACCACAAGCAGUGCGGGCGGACGCCGGAACAACAGCAACAUCGCCGGAGGCACCAAUGCGGCGGCAUCGGAAGUCGGUCGAAAUUCGGUCUCCUCCACCGGCGCGACCGUUUCUGCCCCGACCAGCCCGAACGAUCCGGACACUGGAAGCAGCGGGGGCGGCACGGCGGCAGCCAUCGAUGAACGGUCACAGCAGCAGCAGUCCUUUAUCGGACGGAAUCCGUUGCUGCGGGGCUCGAAAUCAGUUUCCGGGUUUCUGCGCAGCCGGCGCGAGAAGGCCAAAUCAAAGAAAGCCAAAAAGAAGAAAGAUUCCACGGAAAACUCCAGUGCCAAAGAUGAAAAUAUUUUGGACGGCGAUAGCAAGGGCGAUACGGCAAAUGCGGACAGCGCCACGAAUCUGCAAACCACUUCCGCGAUCAGUGCUUCGAAUGUAGCCCCCACGGCAACGCCCGAAGUGGAUGAGGACGGUUACAGCAUACAGCCGCGCGAAACCACCUGGGACAGUGCGACGAUCACGGAAAAGAGCAAUAAUUUCUACUCAAGCUCGGACAGUGACAGCGAGGAUGAGCGUGAAGAGAAGAAAAUCCACGUGGAAAUUAAACCGCUUAACAAUGGUGCCGCACCCAUUUCGGCCAGUGUCGAUGAGCUGCGGGCAACGGUGGAAAAUCUUUCGCUAUCACCAAUCGGUAUUCUAACAUCGCAACAGCAGCAGCAGCACCAUCAGCAGCACCAGCUGCACCACCAGCUGCACCAUCAGCAACAGCAGGCACAGCCCGCCUCCCAGGCACACGCGCUGCACCACCAGAUGUCGGUCGGGAAUGCGUCGCUCCUGAACAAUAGCAACGCCGCCACGCACCUCACCAGUCCGAAUGCCUCGAAUGCGUCCACGCCGACGACGGUACAUCCGUACGCGCCGCUACAAAGCCCUACCCUGUCGAUGUCAACCAGCUCGAACAAUCGGUAUGCAGAUCUGGGUGACAUCUUUUCGGAGGUGGGUGACAUUAGCAUCUCGGCACCGACUUCCGCGAACCUAACGAAGCUUACCCAGCGACAAAUUCCCACACCGACGUCAGCGGGCGGCAGCAGUAUCGCUAUACCGCGACCACCAUCGCGAAGAUCGGAAGCGGCUGGUAAGGGCGCUGGUGAACCCUGUCCUUUCAGUGGUUUAGACCCCGGCUGUAAUGCUGUAAUUUUCUUCUCUUCAACUCAAUCCUCAGUUGCACGUGAUCGUGUCAGUCCGGCGUCACAGAUUGCUCGUGCCGACAGUGUCGGCAGUUUGGAGUUCCGUAGUCCGAGCGUGGGUAUCGGAUCGUCCCGUGGUCCGUCCCCGCUAACGAUCGGCAUGUCCGAUACGAUUCCAUUGGCUGUUGCAUUCCACGAAAUUAUUCACGCCUAUUUCAAAGGAGCCGACGAGUCCCGGUGUCAGGUGAAAAUGUCGGGCGACAUGAUGAUUUCGUUCCCGGCCGGCAUUGUGAACGUGCUGACGAACAAUCCGAACCCGGCCAAGCUGGGCUUCCGCAUCAAGAAUCUCCAGAACCUCGACAACGUGCUGCCGAACAAGCAGCUCAUCACGAUCGAUCGGCUCCAGUCGACCAGCUUCAGCACGACGCUCGAGUUCAACAUGCCAGUAUUAACGGCGACCCUGCGGCGCCAGUCGGAGCAGAACCCGAACGCGCCGCACAUCAACGUGGACAUCCUGAAGUACCAGAUCAAGGCCAAGCCGGGGGCGGCCUCCUGUCCGUUCCAGCUCGUGUCCUACUGGAAGUGCGAACAGCGGCACACGGACAUUAAGAUCGACUACAAGUAUAACUGCCACGCGAUGGCCCAGCCGUCCCCGCUGCUGAACGUUUCCAUCUCGGUGCCGGUCGACGGCGGUGUGAAGAACGUCCAAUCGAAACCUCAUUCGGCUUGGCAAGGCGAAUCGAACCGGCUGGUGUGGAACUUUACGGACAUAUCGCAGCACUCGGAGAGUGGCGGUGUUGAUACGCUCCGUGCCCGGCUCGAGGUAGGCACGGGACCAUCGACGCCGGCCAUCAUCUCGACCCAGUUCAACUGCGAAGGGACCACGCUGUCCGGCAUUGAGUUUGAGCUGGCCGGCUCGGGAUAUCGGCUAUCGCUUGUAAAGCGACGAUUCGUAUCAGGAAAGUACAUCUGCGAAGGCGAUGGCAUACGGACGGUGAAAACACCUACGCCACCGAACGUGUCCGGCGUCAUGUCACCGAUUCCGUUCGGCAGCAGCAGUAGCAACAGCAGCAAGUCGGCCAACCCCUCAUCCGGUGGCACCACUGGAUAGUAUCGGUUUUUCUUCUGCUAGAAAAGCAAGUACCACCAUAUCCUUUCCCCCGAACGAGAGCGUGAGCUGAAGGUAGAAGUUACCACUGUUACAGUGCUGCUGGGUGCAAAACCGGGACAACACCCCGUCCUCAUCAUUUGUCGGCCAUCGGGCAGCGAACGUCUAACCCUCCGAGCGAGCGGGCGGUUGCUGUUGCACUAGGGCGCGCACUAUACGCAAUACCGGGCGUCGGCUUGUUUGUCGGUAGCGAGUAGUAGGGUGAGUGGAAAGACUUUCCAACCAAGACUAUAGACUAGUGCAAAACAAAUUGUACUGCGUACUGGUACUAAGAGAGAAGGCGAGAGAAUGGUGAUAUAUACCACCCCACACGCGCGCUAUACGGAAGGAGGAAAAGCGAACGUUGAUAGCGUACGAGAGAGAGGCUAGGAGGAGAUUUCAGAAAUGUUGUUUUUAGUGGAUGAUGAUGAUUGGGGUUCUGCUGUGGCGGGGCAGACCGUGCGGAGCGAAGGAGUUGGAUAUCGGAUAAGCCUGUGUAAAAUGGGUAUGGUGCCUUCCUUCUUUAGUGCAAACCGGUCCGUCGGUGAGAGCGUGUGCCUCGGCUUUGCUUAUCCUGCCAGUUCUGUACGUUUAAUUUCUUUCCGCGCUCCUCCUUCCUUAUUAUUAUCCCUUUCGUGUUUUGUUUGUUUGUAGCAACAACUGCUAGUAUUUUCACAAGGACUGACACCCCGAACGCCAUUCCUGACGCUAGCUUGUUUUGUUUUUUUUUCUUUUCUCUCGAAGAUAUCUACUUGUUAUCCGUUUCUCAGCUGCGUGAGAAUGCUUUAAGUAAUGUAAAUUUCAUGUUAUACCCUCGUAGAAGGCGCUCGCUUACCCACCAAACAACGCAUCACAUAGGGAAGCGAGUGUCCAGUGAGUCUGCGAGUUUAUAUGUGCUAGUGGUAAGCUGAGUGUGGUGUAUGCCGGUGUUUUUUACGUAUGCUUUCCAGCAACAACAGCAAACAAAAGGAAGAGGUAGUUGCGAUGUUAAAUGGAAAUACUCUUAAGAUAACAUCUGCAGUAACAGAGAGUGUAACACACACAUUCACUAUCAGUAGCCCCAGAGCGUGGCUCCAGAGAAAAUUUGAUUCACUACAGAUAAGUGGCACUGCAUCAGAAUGCUAAGCUUGAAUGUUUAUACUGUUGUUUUAUGCUUUAUGUUAGCAUAUUUUUAAAACAUGUAAACUCUAAUCUACGUUUGAUGUGUAUCGGGUGUGGAUGCUAUAUAUGCUCCCAUCACUUAGACCUUAGUUAAAAUGCCACACACUCCUCGUUUUCGGUACAAAACACUCACACACACACAUACUGCUGUAUUAUUAUUAUCCCGUUUGUGCACUAAGGGCAAAGAAGUAGGUUAAAUGAGAUGUAGCGCGUAGCAUGGCAAAAGGAGGGCAAGAAUCUGAACUAAACAACGGACUGUUUCCUAGUAUAUUGAACUCUAACAAGAAAGUGAUCCGAAUGUGUCUGUCCACACACCGACCGAUCCUUAGGCACCCGUUCCUCUUCGUAAAUAAUAAUAAAUAAAAAAAGACUCGGUAACAAUUGUAGGCUAGGAAACGACACACAUCCCCCCUCCCUUCCCCUCCUAAAUGCAAAGAAAGCAAACAGUGAAAUACACUUGAAAUCAAUUUUGAAUACAAAAUCACUCUUUCCAAAACAUAGGGAUACAGCAAACAGGACGCAAACAUUUAGCCCAGGUAUCAUUACUAUUAUUAUUAUUAUUAUUAUAUACUGCCUGCAUCGUGCGAAGGAAAAAUAAAAAUUAGGCAAUUAUCAAUCACAAUA